CUGAUUGGUGAAGAUGCCUUUCAGUCAAUGCCGGGGGUUAGAUUUCCCCACGUUACGCUCCCUUUCAGUCCAAGCGGAGGGACCCUAUGCCCCUGUUCAUUCAAUACGCCUGGUUUAGGGUGGGGAGGGGGCUGUCAACAUAGAAACAUGGCCGCCUCUACAACGGCUAAGGCAAAAGGCAGGCAGAACUCGAAGUCAGGCGAUGUGAAACGCUGUGAGGAGUCAAUGUCGCAAUGUCGGGAGAUAAUAAAGCCCACCAUUAUCGAGCUGACCAAAGAAGUUCGGACGAACAUCCUCUGCACCGUAGAAGGAUGUGGCAAGAUCCUCCCCAACACACCUGCAUUAAACAUGCAUCUGGUAAAGUCGCACCGAAUAAACGAUGGAAUCGUCAACCCUACAGUCAGAAAGGAGAUUAAGGGCUCACAAAAACUUUACUGCUGUCCCGUCGAGGGCUGUCCCAGGGGCCCCAACAGACCUUUCUCACAGUUCUCCCUGGUUAAGCAACACUACAUGAAGAUGCACGCAGAAAAAAAACACAAGUGCUCCAAAUGCAACAAUGGCUACAGCACAGAGUGGGACCUAAAGAGGCACGUUGAAGACUGUGGGAAGACCUACCAGUGUACCUGUGGCUGCCCCUAUGCUAGCAGAGCCGCUCUGCUGUCUCAUAUCUACAGGACGGGUCAUGAAAUCCCUUCAGAACACAGAGUUCCUCCUGUAAAGAAGCGAAAAAUGGAGAAACUUUUAAAUGUUUCUGAAAAAGUUGAGGUUUGUGACUCAACUGCUCAAAAGACGCCUGAUACUAAAGAAGUGGCAGAGAUGGCGCUCCCUGCUGAUUCCGCUGUGUACAUCCUAGAUCCAGUGAGCCAGAACUGUAAUCCCCACAGGGGUCUUCAGAAGUUGCUCCUCCCGAAACCCAAGAUGACUUUAGUCAGCGUUCCAAUUAUGCAGCUGGCCCAUCUGCCUGUCCUCCUUCCAUCAACAGAAAGCGGUGCUCUGAGGUCUGUAGUGCUUGCCGUUGAUAACCAAGGCUCUGUGGGAACCCUUCAGCUUCUGCCACAAACCCCAGGAACAGUCCUAUCCCAACUCGAUGUAAAAAGUUUUGCUUUAAAGGAUUGCCUUCCUUCUUCACGUUCUAGCCAAGACCCAAUCAGCACAGGGGUUCAGGUCAAUCUGGACCCUACAAAUAAAGACGACUCGGCAAGCAGCAUGACAGGGCAGCGAGGAAGAGGCGUCUCUACCAACAUCCAGACAGACAGGUCCUAUUUGUCCAAAAUGGCUCCAGUGGCAGGAAUUGGAGAGGGAAUUGGACUCUGUUCUGUGAGUGAGUCCUCCGUGUCAUCCUGCUCUCAAACAGACAUCAGUGUGAGCGCCCAAGUCCUCUUGCCAGUUAGUGUUGAAACUCAAACAUUUGUUUCAAGAGCCAAACCCACAUCAUCCGUUGGAGCUCAGACAGACAGUCAGUGCUUCAGCCAAAUUGCUUCCUCCUGUUCAUCUGUGCUGCCGUACAAAACGAAGCAGACACAGACAUGUUUCAUAAUGCCACAGUUGGAGGAGAAAGCUCAGAAUCAGGCUGUUAUGUGCUCUGAUCUAUUUGAGAAUGACUCUCUCAGCGUUUCUACCCAAACAUGCACAGAGAUAAAUGAAACCCUUAAUGCUGAAGGAGGUUGUCUAUAUGCGGACCCAAAGUCAGUGGUUGGUAUGUGUUUUGGAGUGCAAACACAUGAUCUUAAUGCAAGUAAUGUGGCGGACAAUCAGACCCAAACUAUAACUCUUUUAAAUGACCUGGAAAACAUUCUGUCUGGUCACCAGGACCUCGCAGAGGCCUCUGCUGGCUGUGGCUCAGGCCCAGGCUCAGUUCCGGAGCAGCACAAUGGUAUAGACUUUGACUUUGAGGAGUUUCUCAAUGCUGUGCACAUCCAGACACAGACGGAGGAGAGUGAACUUGGUGUCCUGGGUGGCGAUACACCUCUGGAAUCUUUGGAUAUUCAGACUCAGACAGAUUUCCUCCUCAUGGAUGAACUUGACCAAAGCGAGGGACAGAAUCGAUCCCAAGCCAGCGACCUUGAGCUAUUUGACACCCAAACUCAGACUGAUCUCAAUUUCCUGCUAAGCUCUGGAAGCAGCAUUCCCCUGAGCAACAUCUUACGGCAUUCAAGUUUUUCUAUAAGCACAGAGUCCUCAGAUACUGAAACACAGACAGACCCCCCCUCUUUUGCAGCAGGUCUGUCCUCGCAGACCCAAACAGCUCCGGGCGAGCAUGGAAGGAUGCUGAACAGCACAGAAACCCAGACCGUGACCAGUCAGGCGGAGAGCCUUGGACACCUUUUCCUGACCAGCAAUGAAACACAGACUGUAAUGGAUGACUUCCUGUCAGCUGACCUGGCAUGGAACAUGGAGUCACACUUCAGCUCCGUGGAAACCCAAACAUGCGAGGAACUUUGUGCUCUUUUUCAGCACUCUGACAAACCAAACAGCUGAAAAGCCUCCUAGUGAGGAUUGCCAUGAGCCUUUUGCAGAACAGGGUUCUGAUAUAUGCCGCUUUCUUCAAGGAGAAUGAGUCCAUGUUGUUCUAGUAGCCAUUUGACCAUUCCAGAGGGGCAGUCACAUUCAGAGCGUUUCCAGGUUUAUAUACCCAGGGCAGGGUUUCUACAGUUACAAAGUUCAGGCUUUGUUGGAGCAUUUUAUGGGUCUUGAGAAGAUGGAAAGAAGGAAAGUGAUUACUGAAAAAAGUUUCAUUUUCCUGACUUUAGACCUUAAUUCUCUCAAGGUUAAAAAUUGAAUCUUACUAAAUACAUUCUGUGUGGAUAUUUUGUUUUUCUUUUGCAUAUAUUUAUGUUAAAAGGACAUUUUGUCUUUGAUUUGCCACAAAGGACCUCAAGUUUUUUGCAUACUGACUGAGGCAGUAAUAGAAAUAUCAUAAAAGGAGCCAUUUUACUCCCCUUUAACUUUGGAUAGCUUACAAUUCAUAUUUAAAUCCAUAAAUACACAAUUUUGAAAAAUUGAAGCAGUUUAAACAGCAUUUUAGUUUUGUUUUGGGUUUUUUUCAGUGUGUUGAAAAACAUUUCUAUUAGUAGUCCAGGGUGCAUGUUUUUCUUCUCAAAUAUUGAGAAAGUUAUAAAAACAAAAACAGUCAGGAGAUUUGAGUCUGGAAAAGAAAAGUGUGUUUGUUUGUCUAUAAAAUAUAAGUAGGAACCCUGCUGACAGCUUUGUUGCACUUUAUUAGCUCAGAAGGCAUGAUUGGUUAGCUCUUGUGCCAGUUUACAUAUAUUUUUUGUACACAUAGUAUGUUGUGUGCGUUUUCCUCUAAAGUGCUUUGUAUUAUUUCAGUAGUUUAUGACAUUUGCUCUUAAUUUACAGUUUCCAUGUUAAACUAACAGGUAUUAAAGCCUCUUGAACAAUCGGCAUCCUAACAGUGCAGGAUGUCUUAAUGCACACUUUGUUUACAUAUAAAAAGCGCAUGAAACCUUUACAAGGUUGGCUACAGGAAAUGGCUGUGUCUGCAGUUGUGCAUCUGAUGGCUGCCCUUCUUUAAGUUACUGUUUGCCUUAGAGAAUUAAAAUCUCUACUUCAUACACUUAGCGUUUAAAGUUUGAGAGAUGUGACCAAUUAUUUAGUUUUCUUAACACUAAGCCUACCACAGUACAACAGUUCAUCGCUCUAAGCAGCUAAAAGACGUCUAAAAUAAAACGCGUUCAGCUGUAGCACAAGUUGAAAUAAGUAAUAAGUCUUGUGAGCUCUAGCACACUUUUUAUUGAGAUGUAAUUGAUGUUUAAUGUUGUGUGGAAACAAAACUUGUCUUUUUUAUUGUUUUUUUCGUAGGUAAGCACUCCCAGUCAUUUAGUCUCUGACUUAUUCAUUAGCUGGAUGUAAGUUUAUACAGUAGCAGCACUGUGCUGAGGAGAUCCUGUAUUGUAAAUGUGCAGUAAACAGUGAGUUAAAGCUAAGAUUAACAGCUUGCUUUGUGUUUACCAUCUGGUAGUGACUGAAAAGAAAAUCUUUGGCGUCACUUUGUAUUUUAGCUUCUUUUCCAAAAGGGUCCACGUAUAGCUUUUGUUUUAAUACCGUUUAACUUAUUUAUCUAAAGGCAGAAUAUAUCAUUUUCUAAAAAGAACAAAAGGUUAUAGGCCUUGUUUGUUUCUGUCUGUGCCUUAACUUUAUUAACUUGGUUAUGUUUGAUAUAAGUUGCUGCUUUAAGAUAAAAUAUAUUCGAAUCCAUCUGCAUUCCUUUGGUCCUUGCGUUGCAUGUUUAAUCCAUUGAGUAGAAAUGUUAUCAAUAGGGUUGCAUGAUGUACCAAAUCAGUUCCUUUUGGAUUUGAGGAUUGUCAUAUGAAAUGAUUCCUGUUCGUCAUUAAUGAAAACGUUCCAUCUCGUUAUUUUAUGUAUGCGGGGGGGUUCAAGUUAAAAAAAAAAAUCAGAAAGUGAAGAAUGUAUAGAAAAUAGCCCAGUGUCUAACUGUUCCACACUUUUUUUUUUCACAAUGUUCUUAAUGUUUGAAGAUUCCCUGUCUUAAAAGUUUUAUUGGAACAUUAUAAAUUGAACUAUUUAUUGCUUUAUAUUGACUUAAGAAAACACAGCAUUGCCUUGAUGAUGUUUAAGCUUUGUUGGUCUUUAUUGUUAACAGUGUUUUCUCUUUGAAGGAGUGCAUGCACAGUUUGUUUCGAAUAAUUCUGUUUCAGUUGCCUCAAUUUAUAGUUAUCCGUUGCCUUAGUUAUGUGUUGAAGCUACACUUCAGUUGUCAAUAAAUAUUCAAAGGACA